AUGCAGACAGAUAACCAACAUGGACCCAGCGGUCCCUCGCAGCCACGCCUCGACCAGGCCUACGAGACAGCAGGCAACCCCACAGACAAGGAGCCCAUAGAACAGUGCAAGGCCCAGGAGAACGCACGAGCUGAGGGUGCAGUUGCCCACCGCAACCCCAACGAAACCGAGGACUACAGCAAAGCCACCCCCACGGCCAUGGCCCAAGGCAUCCGAGGCGCAGGCCCCGGCGAAGAGACCAAGGGCUACACGCAGCAGUCUUUAGACCGGUCACAGGAGCUGGAUGCCGCACAGAUGGGCGCACCUGGUGAGGGCAAGGUCGCAGAUGCAGUGGAUAACCCCAUGGGAGCUUCUGGUGGUGAGAGAGGGUUGGAGACGGAUCUUGAUCGCAAAAAGGCUGAGCAGGCGCCGGCGAGGCAGAAGGUGCAGGAGGAGAAGCAGGAGGGGUUCGAUGUUGGUGGUGUGCUAGGACAGAGAGGCGGGCCCGCUAAUCCGGUGGAUAAGGGCAACGUGCGAACAUGA